AUGGUGGAGACCAGUGAAAAUUCCUUUGAGGGAUUCAUCCUCUUGGGUUUUUCAGACCAACCCCACCUUGAAGCUCUGCUCUUUACAUGUGUACUCUUUUUCUACCUCCUGAGUCUGUUGGGCAAUAUGGCCAUCAUGGUGGUCUCCCAUCUAGAUCCUUGUCUCCACAUGCCCUUGCACUUCUUUCUCUGCCACCUUUCCUUCCUGGACCUCUGCUUCUCCACCAGCCUGGCCCCUCAGACUCUAGUGAACCUGUGGGGGCCUAUAGAAACCAUCACCUUUGGGGGCUGUGUGGUCCAGCUUUAUGUCUCCCUGGCCCUAGACUCCACAGAGUGCAUUCUCCUGGCUUUGAUGGCUCUGGACCUCUAUGCAGCCAUCUGCCAGCCCCUGUGCUAUGCAAUGCUCAUGCACCACAGCCUCUUCCGGCAGCUGGCAGCUGUAUCUGAGCUUUGUGGGGUGGCCAACUCACUGGUUCACACCAAGCUCAUAAUGUGUCUGCCUCAGUUUGGCCACCGCCACCUGGACCACUUCAUCUAUGAGGCCCCAGCCCUCCUAAUGGAAGCUACCAUCAAUGAACUUGUCAUCUUCACCCUUAGUAUACUUGAAAACAUCGUCCCUCCAGCCUUCAUCCUGGUUUCCUACGGUUUCAUUGCCCAGUCCGUGCUGAGGGUUGGCUCCUCCGAGGGUUGGAGAAAGGCCUUCAGCACCUUCUCCUCUCACCUCUUGGUCGUGAGCAUUUUCGAUGGGACCAUAAUCUUUAUGCACCUCCACCCUGGUGGCAACUACUCCCAGGACCAAGGCAAAUUUGUCUCCUUCUUCUACACCAUGGUCAUGCCAACCCUCAACCUCGUCUACACCCUGAGAAACCAAGAGGUGAAGGGAGCAAUGAAGAAGCUGGUGCUGAGGGGCUUUUCCUUAGGGAGGACAGAACCAGACUGGGGUGCCCCAUGA